UCCUUGCGAUCAGUUGUAAAAGAACAUACAAGCAGUAGAAACCGUUUUUCCUAUUUAAUAUUAUCAAUAUAUGUAUAAUAGAUUAAAACAUGAAAUGCUUUUAUACUCUUACAAUAGUAAUGUUAGUUCCGGCGUUCUCCUUAACAGAAAAAUGUUCAAGCAAUAUGCUAUGCGAAAAUGAUGGAAAAUACAUAGACAAAAAUUUCUUGAAGUGUCAGUCAGGCACGAGGGGAAACAAAUGUGAAAUCGUUGAUGGCUGUAUAGAUGAAGUCAUUCAGCAAUGUGAAUCUAAUGAUGCAAAGUGCAAGUACGACAAAACCAAUUCCAAAAAUGUCUCUUGUGUUUGCAACAAAUGGUAUAAAACAUUUAAUGGACAAAAGUGUGUGGAAAUGUGUCAAACUGAUGUUGAUUGUGAAAAUGGAGGAAUUUGCACCGAACAAAAAUUCUGUAAAUGUAGGGCUGGAACGAGUGGUGACAAAUGCACAACUAUAAAGGGCUGUGAACGGGACUUUGUGAAUAAAUGUGAAUCCUCUGAUGCAAAAUGUAUAUUUGAUAUAAACGCGCCUGGGAACUGCUCCUGUACCUGCAAUAAAUGGUACAAAACCUUUAAUGGAAGUCAUUGCGUUGUCUCAGAAAAGUGUAACGAGGACGAUGAAUGUGAAAAGAAAGGUAACUGCAUAGAGAAAUCAAUCUGUCAAACCUUAGUUGCCACAAAUGGAAUUAAAUACGAGACAAUGGAAGGCUGUACAGACAAGAUAAAGAAGAUAUGCGAAUCAGGUGAUGCAAAAUGCGAGUUUGAUCAAAAUGAUCCAGGAAAAGUGUCUUGUACUUGCAAUGAAUGGUAUAAAGUAUUUAACGGAGAGAAAUGUGUUGAAAAGUGUUUAGACGAUACUGAAUGUGAAAAUGGUGGAACAUGUACAGAAGAAAAAUUCUGCAAAUGCCAAACAGGCACGAGUGGAGACAAAUGUGAUAUUGUUGAAGGUUGUACAAAAGAAUUGGUUCAGAAGUGUGAAUCAGGUGAAGCAAUGUGCAAAAUUGACCGAAAUUCACCUGGAAAUGUAUCUUGCAUUUGCAGCAAAUGGUAUAAAGUAUUUAACGGGGAAAAAUGUGUUGAAAUGUGCCAAACUAGUUCUGAAUGUGAGAACGGAGGAAUAUGCACAGAAAAUAAAUUUUGUAAAUGUAAUUCAGGUACGAGUGGAGACAAAUGUUCUGUUGUAGACGGCUGUACAGAAGAUUUUAUGAAGAAAUGUGAGUUUGGUGAUGCAAAAUGCAAAUUAAAUAGAGAUAUGCCUGGAAAAGUCUUUUGCGCUUGCGAUAAAUGGUAUAAAGUAUUUAAUGGGAUUAAAUGCGUAGAAAAGUGUAACUCCGAUGGUGAAUGUCAAAAUGGCGGAAAGUGCACUGAAGAUAAAUUCUGCUCAUGCGAAGCAGGCACAAGCGGUGAAAAAUGCGAAAUAGUUGAUGGUUGUAAAGAGGAAUUUGUCAGGCAGUGUGAGUCAGGACAUGGAGAAUGUAAAUUUGACAAAAAUGUUCUUGAGAAAGUUUCCUGUGUUUGCACUGAAAGUGAUAAAGUAUUUAAUGGAACAAAAUGUGUUGAAAUGUGUAACUCCGAUGAUGAAUGUGAAAACGAAGGACAAUGCACCGGAAAAAAAUUUUGUGCAUGUAAAGCGGGAACGAGUGGAGACAAAUGUGAAGUAGUGAAUGGUUGCACAGAUGAUUUCGUCAAAAGAUGCGAGUCUGGUAAUGGAAAAUGCAAAUUUAAUGAAAAUGUGCCCGAGAAAUCAUCUUGCUUUUGCAAUGAACAGAAUAAAGUAUUUAAUGGGAUAAAAUGCGUUGAGAUUUGUCACAAUGAUGCUGAUUGUGAGCAUGAUGGAAUGUGCACCGAAGACAAAUUCUGUAUAUGUGAAGCAGGCACAAGUGGAGACAGAUGUUCCCUAGUGGAUGGCUGUACAGCGGAUUUCAUUCAGAAAUGUCUGUCAGGUAAUGCUAAAUGCAAGUUUAGUAAAGAUUCGCCUCGAAGAGCUGCUUGUGUAUGUAACGAAGAAAAUAAAGUAUUCAAUGGAGCAAAAUGUGUUGAAAUGUGUUACGGUGACUGUGACUGUGAGCAUGAAGGAAAAUGUAUGUCCGGGAACUUUUGUAAAUGUCCAGUUGGUACAAGUGGAGACAGAUGUGCUAUCGUGGACGGAUGUACCCCAGAAUUUGUCAUGAAAUGUGAAUCCGAAGACGGGAAAUGUAAAUUCGAUAAAAAUGUACCAGAAAAAUUCUCUUGUGUGUGCAAUGCAGAGAAAAAGGUAUUUAAUGGAGAAAAGUGUGUUGAAAAGUGCUACGAGGAUUUUGACUGUUACCAUGAAGGAGUGUGCACAGAAGAAAAGUUUUGCAAAUGUGUACCGGGAACAAGUGGAGAUAAGUGCUUUGUUGUAGAUGGAUGUACAAAGGAUUUCGUUAAAAGAUGCGAGUUUGCUGAUGGAAAAUGUAAAUUCGAUAAAAAUGCGUCUGGCAAAUUCUCCUGUGUUUGCAUUGAAGAGAAUAAAGUAUUUAACGGGAAAAGUUGUGUUGAAAAAUGCCAUGGCGAUUCUGAUUGUGAAAACGGGGGUAUGUGUAACGCAGAAAAUUUCUGUGAAUGUGAAGUAGGUACAAGCGGAGAUAAAUGUUCUAUAAUCGAUGGCUGUACAGAUAGUUUCAAGCAAAAAUGCAUAUCAGGUGACGCAACGUGCAUAUACGAUAAAACCGCUCUCUCGAAAGCUUCUUGCUUUUGCAAUCAAGCAAGCAAAGUAUUCAAUGGAGAAAACUGUGUUGAAAGCUGUUACGACGAUUCUGAUUGCAAACACGAAGGAGUCUGCAAUCAAGAACAUUUCUGCAAGUGCCAGUUAGGUACAAGUGGAGAUAACUGCUCUAUCGUAAAUGGCUGUACUCCUGAACUUACUUGGAAAUGCAAGCUAUAUGACGCAACAUGCAAGUUCGAUAAAAAUGCCGCUAGGAAAGCUUCUUGCAAAUGCAACGAAGAAAAUAAAUUAUUCAAUGGAACAGGAUGUUUUGUACCUUGUCAUGAUAACGAAUGUAAAAAUGGCGGUACUUGUACCGGAGAGGGAAGUCUGAAAUUCUGCACAUGUUUGCCAGGAACUGCCGGUGACUUCUGCACCGAAAUUAUUGAUUGCAAUGAAACGAAUUUCUGUGGUACGGAUAAUGAUGUCGCAUGUACAUAUGACAAUAAAACAGAGAGAGCAGUCUGUAUCUGCAAGGAGGUUGGCAAACUGUUUGAUGCCAGUAGGAAGAAGUGCACAGAGUGCAAUUGUGGACCAAACGGAAAAUGUUCACUUGAUAACCAUGGAGAGAAAACUUGCAACUGUGAUAAGAUGUACAAAGAGUUUGGAGGAGAGUGUAAAGGAUGCUACUGUGGACGGAAUUCAGAUUGCCGUUUCGAUAGCUAUGGCAAUAAAGAAUGCUAUUGUCCAAAUGGCUAUGCACCAUACGAGGGUAUUUGCAGAAAAUGCGAUUGUGGAGAAUGGAAUGUAUCAUGUACUUUUAACAGUCAUGGAAUAAAGAUUUGCUACUGUCCAGACGGAUUUGCAGAAUCUGAAGGAAUAUGCAAAGAAUGCAUUUGCGGUGGAAAUUCUACUUGCCAUUUUGAUCGACUAGGUGAAAUGCGGUGUACAUGCAAAGAUGGAUUUCUAGAAGUUAACGGCAAAUGCGAAGAAUGCAACUGUGGUGGAAAUUCAACAUGCUCAAUUGAUUGGCUUGGGCAUAAGCAAUGUAUAUGUGAAGAAGGUUUCUUAGAAUUUCAAGGAACGUGUGAAGAAUGCUAUUGUGGACUGAAUUCAGUAUGUUCUUUUGAUGCGUAUGGAGCCAAAAGCUGCAUCUGUGAAGACAAUUUCAUAGAUUUUAAUGGAACAUGCAUAGAUGUCUGCGACACUCAUCCAUGCGUAAAUGGUACUUGCAAGAUUAUUCCAGGAAGGGGAUUUGUUUGCAACUGUUUUAAAAAUUACCGGGGAAGGUUUUGUGAUAUUCAAGAUGAAGAUUCAUUUGAGACUUUAAAAGAGAGAAUUGCCAUCGCUAUAGUUAUUGGAAUUAUUCUUCUCAUCAUCCUAAUGUCCUUUUUGAUUUUCUUCAGGAAGAAAUGGCGAAAGAAGAUGUAACGUGGUUAAAUAGAUACAUUCAAGAAAUACACUUAUUUAAAUAGCAGCAGGGGUCUCAAGAUGCAAGCGUUCCCCUUACAAAAUCAGUUUUACAGCUUCAUUAUUCACCACAUUGUUAAAAGAAAUUGCGUUGUUAAAUAAUGUUAUUUUAGGCGAAGAACAAUUUUCAAGAAUUAUACAAGUGAUAGAUUAUUUUCAAUAAAUUUAAUAACUUGCACAAAAGCUUAAUGAUUUGAAAUUAUGCUGUGUAACUUAUCUUUUCUUACGCUGUUCUAAUUUAUGCAUUCAUAUCUGUGAUGUAAGAAAGAUUAAGUAUAAAGCUAUAAGGCAGUUAAGAAAAGGC